UUGGAACAGAUUACACCACUUAACCUCACUUUUUUGUGGUCUGUGCAAUUUGCAAAUAAUUACCAUUUUUACCUUCCGGCAUAGACAAUACUAAGUUGCUACACGAAGAACAUGCGAGGCAAAUGACACCCCAAGUGUCAGUUAUCAUUCCGAUACACAAUGGGGAACCCUGGUUGAAAAGUUGUUUUGAAUCAAUUCUCCACCAAACGGCCAUCGGUGAAAUUAAUAUAGAGGUCUGUGUAUGUGACGAUGCCAGUAGCGAUAGCACGGCCACGUUGCUUGACGAAUGGAGACUUCAUUUUGAAAAGAAAAACGUACCGUUUCUCAUUCAUAAAAAUGCUACACGAUGUCCUAGUGGAGUUGGUUAUGCCAAAAAUAGAGCUGUUUCGAUUAGCAGCGGUGAUUAUUUGUGCUUCCAGGACAUUGAUGACAUCAUGUUACCAAACCGUAUUUGUAGCCAGUACACACGCGCGCUACGAGAACCAUCAAAUACCAUUUUAGGAAGCCAAUUUGUACGAGACCCACCCGAGUCAACGCAACGGUAUACUUCUUGGGCCAAUAAUCUCGAGCACGAUGACUUAAACGUCCAAAUUUACACGUCACACGGACCUACGAUUAUAAUGCCGACGUGGUUUUGCCAUCGCCUAGUCUUUGAUAGAGUUGGGGGUUUUGUCGAAGGAGCCAAAGGAACACCCGAGGACCUAAUCUUCUUCUACAAACAUCUGGAUUUGAGCGGUCGCAUAGUUCGAGUAGACGAGUGCCUGCUAGUCUACCAGUAUCAUCCGAACGCCGCCACAUUUUCAGUUGACGAAGCUACCAUCUGGAAAUUGCGAUUGGAGCGCUUGCAGCGGCAUCUCUGCAAGUGGACCUCGUUUACAAUUUGGAACGCCGGCAAACAGGGGAGGAAGUUUUAUAAUUCCCUUACCGGCGACAAUCGACGAAAGGUGGUGGCGCUCUGCGACGUUAACGCUAAGCUAAUUGGGGGAAGGUAUGUUCCUUAUUGCGCGAAAACGCGAACGACUGGGCGCCCAGUGCCCAUUAUUCAUUUUAAGGACGCCCAACCUCCUCUAGUGGUAUGCGUCAAAAUGGACAUGACCGAUGGGGUUUUUGAAAGCAAUUUAAACUCAUUAAAUUUAGUCGAAGGUGUUGAUUAUGUGAUGUUUGGUUGAUGUUUCCAUGUGAUUCCAUUUUUAGAUCUGAAUAUACCUACCCAUUGUUGUACAUUUUUUUGCCUAUUAAAAUGUUAUUGUUAUUGUUA